AUGUUCUACUAUUCCCGACCAUCAUAUCAGGUCUAUACAUCGGAUGAUUAUAAUCCAGAGAAUACUGGACGAUAUCCAACAGGAAAAUCAGUCUAUGGAAAUGAUUCAACAUAUUAUGUUGACGGACAAAAUGGUACACCAUGGUUACCACCCCCACCGACAUCAGCUUAUCUACCAAAUGAUCUUGCUAAUAAUCAUGGAUCUUUUACAGAUUCAAACGGUUCAUGUUUACCAUCAAUGGCAAGUUUUCGAUCGCAACAAGGAGGAACAUAUUCAAACAAUGGCAAUGAACAAACAGUACAAACCGGAGAAACACUUGGCAAAGCAUUACAAUCUAUUUAUCCAAACGAUCAUCCUUAUCCUUCGACACCAUCGACUCCUCCACCAUUAAAUGGAUCUAGUCAAUCAUGGGUACCUUCAGCAUCUCAAUCUUAUCACAAUCAAUUACAUCCUCUUCCACCACGAUUAGAUGUCGAUGAUUCAUUUCGUCAACCACCACCAGAUUACCAUCAUUAUUAUGCUGGCUAUCAUCAUCCACAUUCCACUGGACCUUAUUCAGCAUUUUUAUCUCAUCCACCAAGUUUACAUCCAGCAUCGACAUCUGAUACAUCAUCAAGAAAUCGACAUCAUGAUCCAUAUUUAACAUAUCCUAAUCCACCAUCGACAUCAUCAUCAACUUCAUCGACUGAUGCAAAUACUGCUAUAAAUCCUGAUUUAAACGUUGAAUGUAUUGAUAAAGUUAAGUUAGAUAUUGAAAAUAAACCACCACCACCGCCAACACCACUACCGCUACCACUACCAUCAACAGCAAUAACAACAGCAAGUGGAUCAUCUCAAUUAACAACAGAUAAAUUAAAUGAAUUCAAUCUUCGACAACAAAAUUUAACUGACUUAUCACAAGAAAAUGCAUCACCAUUAACAAUUGCUAUUGGUGGUACAACAAAUAAUGUACAUAUUGGUCCAUCCUCAUCAUCAUCAUCAAAAUUACGAAAUUCAUUGACACUCAGUCCAAAUAGUCAAAUGAAUUUAUCAUGUAUGCGAGGUGGACCUGGUUCUGAAGGUAGUAUUGAUCCAGAUGAAACUCCUGAAGAACGUGAACGACGAGAAAAAGAUCGACGAGCAGCAAAUAAUGCUCGUGAAAGAUUACGUGUACGAGAUAUUAAUGAUGCAUUUAAAGAACUUGGUCGUAUGUGUUCAAUUCAUAUGCGUAAUGAUAAACCUGUUACAAAAUUAGGUAUACUUCAACAAGCAGUUAAUCUUAUAACAACACUUGAACAACAAGUUCGAGAACGAAAUUUAAAUCCUAAAGCUGCAUGUUUACGACGACGUGAAGAAGAAAAAUCUGAUGAUAUUAAUGGUAAUAUGAAUAUCAAUGGACAAAUGCCACCAACAGGUACAGGUAUUAUGUCAACUGAAUCAUCUUCAAUAGAUAAUUCAAAUUACUUGGAACAGAUGCAUCAAUCUAUUCCACCAUCUUAUUGGCAACAAUGA